AUGAGAGCUAUAGUCUAUAAAAGUACUGAUUACUGCUCUGCUGCUGGUGAAGAGAAACUAAAUCAGUUUCUUAUGAUGUGGCAUUUUGGAGUACAACGAGAGUAUUUUGACUUACUGAUACGGUUAAUCCCGUAUGGGCUACAGUUACUGUUUCUUUCUAUCGUUUAUCCAGAAGUAUUUCCAAAUAUAUAUACUCCUCCUAGACAGUUUAUGAAAGCUCAGAAAAAAACUCCAAUUGAGUUUUUUGAGCCUUCUAAAUCGCAAAAGAUUGAUGAGAUAUCUAAGACUAAGACGACAACUGAAUGCCGACGUCAAAUUUCGCCUAGCACUUCUUGUUUCUUCAAUGAAAGCUUCAAAAAUCAAGCUUUACGAUCCAGCAGCUUUAGCAGUGCGAUGACUGAGGAUAUCGAGACAUUUGAGUCAAAGAUGUUAAGUUAUGCUGCUUCUAAAAAUAACAAGUACCAGAAUAGUUCACUACUUAGUUUUAAUGGGAAAGACAAAGCUUUCGUUUCUCCUGUUGUGCCAAAGAAAAAAAUCCCCACUAGGCGAAGUCAUGCUAAAGAUAACAGUCAACAGGAUUAUCAUCGUGAACGAACUUAUGAGAGCGAUGGUCUUACUUAUUCUUCCAAUAAAAGGGCGAAGCCAGAAGGCAGUUCAGUUCUUCGACACAACCUUUCUAUGGUGAAACAUAUUGAACGUAUUCGUUCUGCCAGAGCUGCAGAGAGUUUUUCCAAUAGCUCAAUGCUUGAUUGCAAAAGAUGCGAAUCAAUUUCGAAGACUGCAGGUUAUAACCGGCCGACAAGGACACGCCGCGGAAUUCCCAAAGAAGUUGAGUCGACACCACGGCGAAUGUUUCCGAUGAAGAAAAGAUGUAAUUUGCUUGACGUUAAAUAA